AUUCAUAACGGAUGCUUCAUUGGUGCUGGCGUGGGCGGGGCAUCGUCGGUCUGCAUGACAGGGUGUCCAAAAUCAAUCAUCUUGUAUUUGCUCUGCUGUCUUUUCAAACCUUAGGCUCGUGAGAUUCAAGGGCUGACCCAAUCCUUCCCUACACGAUUAGUCCAAUGAGGUCAGGCCGUUAGAGACCCGUAGAUUACAAGGAAUAAACGUGGGCUGCACCCACUUAAGGUCUGUCCUUGGUUCACAGACAGACAUUUUGCCCCUCCUCGUGUCUUGGUAUUUUAACUAACUGCCCACGUUUAAAAGUGGGAGUUUAUGGGUAAAUAGCUGGAUUGUUUUGAGAAAUUGAAAGAUCUGGCCACGUGUCCCCUGGUUGGGGACUGUUUUGAAAUAGUUUCCAGUUUGCCACAGCCCUUCUGUGAUCUAACAACCAGCCUGCAUCACUCAUUUAUCACCAGUCUGGCCCUGGGUAGGCAUUUGAGUUUGGGGCCCCUACUCUAAGUACUUGGGUGGAUGUAAGACUAUUUAUAUAUUUAUGCAGAACAGAUCAGAGGUCCCAAACAACUGGGUGUAUAAUUUGUGCUUAAACUGCUCUUCCUCAUUCUUAUUUUUAUCAAGGUGUCUUUCUAUUAAGUCCAGGUUUGGUAAAGAUGACUCAUCAGAGGUAUUUACAGAAAGAGAUUUGGAAGUUGAUAUUCUUUUAUUACAAUUAAAUCCAUAGUUUUUUGUUUGUUUUGUUUUUGUUUGUUUUUAGGAAAACACCUGUAUCUUGAUUACAUUGAUGUUUUAUGCUAGGACUAUCUUUAUUGAGCAGUCAGUAUAAUUUGUAUAUCUCUAACCACAGUUACAAUUUGGCAAUCUGCACAAUCUUGGCUAGACUUCAUAAAGGCAAGAACUGUGUUUGCCCUGAUAAUUGCUCUAUUCCAUCACUAGAAUCUAAGCUUCCUGAAGAUGGGGACUUUGUUAAUUUUGUUCACAGUUGCCAAGCACAGUGCCUGCUUAAAGGGAAGUGAUUUAUUAAAUGAAUGAAAGAACUUUAAAGGUAUACCUUAUUUUAUGUAAAAGGCGUGUUCCUGAGGAUUCUCUCAAAAUCAGAUGCUUGUAUAUUUGUUGUUAUAAGUUACUACAAAGGAUUCUGUUGUGGAAAGGCAUCUUUUAGAAGAUUGGAUUUUCCUAAAUUAAUGCACCAACGCUUUCACCUAAAAUGAACUUGCACUUGUGCAGCAUCUGCUACAGAGCUAACACUAACAUUUUCUUACUAUGCAAUAGGAUUUGGAAGUGUUGGUGAGCCUUGGAGUUUUCAGUAUUAUUUAUGUUUUUAGAGGUCCAGAGAUUCCAGUUGAGAUCAGUUUGGCAGCCAGACCCUUAUUCUUUCCCCAGGAAGGAGGAGGAGGAGCAGCUGUUAUUAAGAGCAGCACCAACAAACCUGUGCUUUGGGACAGGACCGAUGGCCUUGAGCCCAGGUUGGAGAGCGUUUACAUCAUUUGCCAUGAACCGCUGUGGUGUCCUUCGGAAGGCUGUGAGAAGCAGCGGUUUUCCUUUGUUUCCCUGGGGCCACUGCCCCUGGAGGGAAACCGGAAGCUUUUUGGACCCUGAGAUGAAAGCUUUCCUGGAGGAGAACACUGAAGUCACCAACCGUGGUAGCCUCACCCCUGAAAUCCAGUUGCGGCUUUUGACCCCCAGAUGCAAGUUCUGGUGGGAGAGAGCUGACCUGUGGCCCCACAGUGAUCCUUACUGGGCAGUCUACUGGCCAGGAGGCCAAGCCCUGUCUAGGUAUCUUUUGGAUAAUCCUGACGUUGUCAGAGGAAAAUCUGUGUUAGAUAUUGGGAGUGGAUGUGGAGCUACAGCUAUCGCUGCUAAGAUGAGUGGAGCUUUAACGAUCUUGGCCAAUGACAUAGACCCUAUUGCAGGAAUGGCUAUUACACUAAACUGUGAGUUGAACCAACUGAAUCCUUUUCCCAUUUUAACCAAAAACAUGCUGGAUUUGGAACAAGAUAAGUGGGACCUUGUUGUGCUUGGAGAUACGUUCUAUGAUGAAGACCUUGCAGACAGUCUACAUCAAUGGCUGAAAAAUUGCUUUUGGGUCUACAGAACUCGAGUACUGAUUGGUGACCCUGGGCGACCCCAGUUCAGUGGACAUAGCAUUCAGCAUCAACUGCACAAAGUAGCAGAAUAUUCACUUCCAGAGCCCACUAGGCAGGAGAACAACGGACUGACAACAAGCACGGUGUGGGAAUUUCAGCCUUGAGCUGUUGAAGUACCUCCAAUAUGGAUAUAGCUAUGUUUGGGUUUAACCCUAAAGACUGUCCAGUUCAAAGAAGGAAAUUUGUGUUAAAUGGCAAAUCUUGUUUCCAAAAUAUGAAGGUUGAAGUUUUGUCACCCUUUGUCAUGUAACUUGUUCUGCAGUAAGCCAAAUAUAGAAAUCUCUAUCUGUAAUUUUUUUCUAGUUUUACUGCUAUAGGAAUAUAAUUAUAGAAGGCAAUAUCCACAUGUAAUUCAAGUAGCUGAGAGGAAUUAGAUAUUUUAGCAGAGUCUCUUUCUAUAGUUGAGGACAACUGUGAUGUAUCUUUGAAUUAAACAAAAUAAAAAAUACAGAAGAAUACUAUAUUUAAAAAAAAUUGUCUGUUAAGAUCAGAGAUGCAGUUGGUAUGGUACAGGAUACAGUAAGUCCCCUACACACGAACCUUCAAGUUGUGAACUUUCGAAGAUAUUAAAGUGCCCCUGUAUGCCAGCUGUUGUACUGUACUACCGUACUUUUCAAGGUACUCUACUGUAAGAUUAAAAAUGUUUUAUUUUGUGUAUGUUUUUUAUGAUUAUUUGUGUGAAAAGUAUUAAAAACCUAUUACAGUAGAGUACUGUAUAGUUGAUUGUGUUAGUUGGGUACCUAGGCUAACUUUGUUGGACCUACGAACCCACUCUCGUAAUGGAACUCGUUCAUAUGUAGGGGACUUACUGUACAUGGGCUUCGGAGUGAGGCCACUCUGUCACUUUCUAGUUGGGAUUUUGGGCUAGUUAAGCUCUCUGAGCUUCCAUUUCUUCACCUAUAAAAUAGUAAUAAAAUUUAAUAAACUGCACCUCAAAGGGUUAUAAUAAAGUAUAAAGUGUGUAAUAUAGGAUAAGUACAUAAUAGGGCAUCAGUUAAGAAACACAGAUAAAGAUUUUAGAAUUUCCUACAUACUCAGUACUGUGAUAGCCUCUUUAUGGUUUACUAAGGUCAGUUAGAAAUUGGUUAUGCCACCACUACAUGCCCCAGCUUGUCAGGAUCUUAUAUAUCAAUAAGAACAUUAGGACAUAAAUGAAAAACAAUGUGAAGAAUGUGUAUAGUAUACACUAUGUAAAAAAGAUGUAUGUAUAUACCUACAUAUGAAUGUAUGUGUAAAGAAUGCGUAUUUACUUGUAGUAGAUAUAGAAUAUCCCUGGAAAGAAACUGGUAACAGUGGUUGUCUUCUGAGAGGGUACCAGGUGGCUGGUGGAUGAGGGUGGUAGGGAGACCUAGUUCUUACUUUUGGGUCUUGUAAUUUCGUACCGAUUACCUGUAUUAUAUUUCCUAUUCUCCAAUUUAAAACAAAACGUGACCACGAUAUAUGUUACAGGUAUAAAACGCAGCCUUGCGAAUGUACCGUUGACGCUUGUACAACCUGGGCGUUAGGGGUGCUGACUACCCCACCCACCCCCUGGAGUUGAAAAUCUAUGUAUAACUUUACAGUCCGCAUCCAAGUUUCUGCAUCCGGGGAUGGAUCGUGUAGUACUGUAGUAUUUAUUGAAACAAACCAAACAAAAACACAUAUAAGUGCAGUUCAAACCCGUGUUGUUCAAGGGUCAGCUGUACUCUCGUGUUCUCAUAUACUAAUUAGGAAUUGUUUAUGACACUUGCAUUUUAUGUUUUCUAACAAUACACACCGCCAGUGGGAUUAGGAUACCAGGGAGACAUGAUCAGAGCUACAGUCAUUCAAAAGAAAUGUAGAGAAAGCAGUUAAGGGCAGGUUGUUGCUUAGGCAGGAAAACAGUAUCAUUAGGUGGGAGUUUUGGAGCUGGGUCACAGAGGAUCUUGUGAUCCUUGAACUCUGGAAGUCAGAGUUUAUUACAACCCAAUGAAUCAACUCUUGUUGUAUCCAAUUUCCAUUGGUCUACUGGGGCUUAAUUAUAAACUCAAAAUUUUGAUUCAGCAUUGGUUAAAAUCAAUGGAAAUGAUAGGCUACAGUGGCAUUGGAUGGCAUUUGAGAGGAAAGAGUUUUGUUGACAUAUUCUUUGAAAAUUCAGGAUAGUCUGCUGGGUAUUGUCCUUCUCAGCAAGAUAAGACAGAGAAAAUUAAAGGAAAUUAUACUCUGGAGCACUGUUGGAAAUCAGCUUGAAGAGGCCAAGAGUAGAUUUAAUUUUAAAUAUCUACAUGGGACUUCCCCGGUGGUCCAGUGGUUGACAAUCUGCCUUCCAAUCCCUGGUUGAGGAACUAGGAUCCCAUAUGCCGCAGGGCAGCUAAGCCCACGCAUCACAACUAGAGAGAAGCCCAAGAGCCACAAUGAAAAGCCUGAGCGCCGCAACAAAAGAUCCCGCGUGCCGCAACUAAGACCCAACACAGCCAGAAAUAAAUAUCUACAACACUGUUUCUGUUAUCCUUUCUUAAGUAUUUAUGAGGAGGGUACAAGAAGGUCUUUGAGACGUCCAAAUAUUGCUUAAAAUAUUUUUAAAUUGCCCAUAUAUAUAACAGUGAUCCUUGAAAUGACUUCAUAGCAUAACAAACAUGUUUGUAUUAAGACUGUUCACGUUUAAAGAGAUUGAUAUAGUUGAAUUAAUUUCUACCAUAUUUAUAACUGUUCCCUAUUCGUUGCCUUUGUUGUUUCUUUUUUGUGUUCUACUUUUUCUGCCUUUUCUGGUUUUAUCUUUUUUUUGUGUGCUGCGUCACAUGGCUUGUGGGAUCUUAGUUCCCUGACUAGGAAUCACACCCCAGGCCCUCGGCGGUGAGAGCACAGAGUCCUUAACCACUGGAUCACCAGGGAAUUCCCCCUUUUCUGGUUUUAAUUGAGGAUUUUAUGUGAUUCCAUCUUCUCUCCUCCCUUAGGAUGUCAGUUAUAUUUAUUAAAAAAAUUUUUUUAGCAGUUGCCCUAGAGUUUGCAGUGUAUAUUUACAACUAAUACAAGUCCAUUUUGAAAUAAACACUGUACUGCUUCAUGAUUUUCAGUUUGUUCAGCUUUUACCUUGUGAGGACAGGAGUGAUGACAUCUAAUCUCUGUAAGUCACAGACCAGAAACUUGAAGUGUGGGUAUUACUUUUAUUUAUUUUCUUGUCUAUUCAUUCAACAAAUAUUUGGGUGCUUACUAUGUACCAGACACUGUUCUAGGUAUUGGAGAUACAGCAGUGAAAAAAAGAGAAAUAAUUUGUCUUCAUGAAGCUUAUAUACUAGGGUCGGGAGACAGAUAACAAAUAAAAAAUAAAACAUGUCAGAUGGUGACAGGUGGAAAGGGGAAAAAUAGAGUCUAGAGUGACAGGUAAGGGUGACAGGGAUAGGUAGGAUAGGGAUGGGAGAUCCAAAUUUUAAACAGAGUGCCGAGAAACAGCUAAGGUAACUAGCAGUAUAAAAAAAGAAGGUCAAGCUGCAAGCUGCUUUAGGAUGAUGAGUCCUUUAUAGACUCUACAAACCUGAUACCUUAGAUCUUGAAACUAGUUUCCCCCAAAGCGGAAAAAGCUAUUGACUUGGUUAGGUGUUCAAUAUUAAAUCUUACUGAAUUUGUCUUCAGAAAAAUUUCAUAGAUGGAACAGGCCUUACCCAUUUUACACAUAUAUACAUAUGUACCACCUUUGCAGUGGCAAUAUAUGUUAUCUACGCUAUAAACAUAUCACAUUUAUAAAGUAGUUAGUAGUAAGGACAAGGAGUGGAGUUGAAUAUGUAAACCCUUCCUUCUAAACAUAUACAAGAAAUCUACCAUACCACACUUUCCCUGUUAUUCACUACAUCACAGUUAAAAUAGGAAAUCUUUAAGAAAAGUCCCACUGAGACAGGCUCAUGGCACAGGGAAUAUGCUGAAUUUGGGGGUAGUUUAAGCACAGUAUAUGUCAGAGAAUUUUGUGAUUAUAGAGAGUAAUACAUUUCAUUUGAAAACUAAGACCUGUGUGUUUAUUUCACAAUGUGAAACCAGUAGAGCUUCAGGAUACAACCUCUGUGAUGACAUUUCGUGUUUACUCAUUCUUACACAUUCUUGACUGCAGUCUUUAAGGAUGAAGGUUUGUAGAUGAAUAGCAUGUAUUUGGGAAAAGUAGCCAUACUCAGUAACAUUCAUAUGCUGAAUGGCUAAGGUAUAUGAUGUCCUGGAUUAUGACAUUAAACUAUUAUAUUUCUUUGUUUCAUUGAAAUAAUAAAUUCUGUGAAGAAGUUACAGGCCUGAUGUUCAGCUUUGCUUUCUGGCCAGUGGACAUUUAAAUAAUUUGGAAGGUAGCAGCCAAAAAAUAGCUAGGUAGGUAAUUAAUGCUUUUAGAAAUACCUUUACUUAGAAUUCUCCUAAUGUUUAUCCAUAUUGGUAAAUUUCUCUUACAGCAGCUCAAAUAUCUAGGUGGGAGAAGGAAAUUUCCAGGGAAAACAGGUAAUUUAAAACUUUGCUAUUAAAGAAACAAACACAAUACCCUCCCCAAAUACAUCAGAGGGCAUGCUAGGAUUGUCAUUUCAAGAACAAUCACUCCUCAAACAAACUUAGAAAUAACAGCACUAUUAAAAUGUUUAAGAGCCUGGUUAACUUCAAAGCAUAAAUCAUAUUAUUGGAAAGCCAAUCUCUAGAUCGUUGUUUCCUGGGAAAGUUGUAUGAAGAUCAUAGCUUUGAUAAGCUUCAAUAAGCAUCAAUAGACAGUCCACGUCACUUGCUUUAGUUUGUUUGGGCCUACUAAUUGCUCCAAGACUUCUCGUGAAUGAUCUACAAAAGAAAACAAUGACAACAUAUUAAUUCACAGUAAUCAAAGAUAUUGAAUGUGUCCUCAUGUAUAAACUGGGGAUGACGAUAACUAUUAUAUCUCAUAGGGUUAUUUAAAGGAUUAAAUGAGAUGAUAUAUAAAGCAUACUAUAAGCUAAAAAUACAUUUAAUUAGUGGUAACCAUCACUGUUAUUAGCUGCAGUAAACAUAUCAUAGUAAUACUUCUAAAAAACAGGUAUUUACUGUUUUCUCUGUAAUUUCAUCUUAAUUUCACCAACCAGAGAGUAAUAGGGUUAAAGUUUCUCAGGGUCCUGGCAGGAAGUAGAUGACACACUAAACUAGGGUGCUUGAACAGGUUUUAACUACAAAGGAGUGAUUAAAGAAAACAUGAUUAAAGAAAGCCAACAGGUAUGGUAAAACACCUUGGGAAGCUGCAACAUGCCCAUGAGGGUUAGGGGACAGAGUAGUUACUAAAACAGGACAACUUGACCUGUAGUUGAACAUUUUUCCAUGUCAUAUAAUAUUUAUAAAACAUGAUUUUAAAUAGAUAACUAUUACAUGAAUUCCUUGUAAUUUAACCAAUCUGUAUGACUGGACAUUUAGAUGGUUUUCAAUUAUUCACAAUAUAUA